CAUUCCCAAAAUGCAAAAUCCCCACCCACCAAAGCAUGUUAGUUAGUGAUAGUUUGUUUCUGGUUAACUUGUGAAUUGAAUUUUGAGCUCGAUUCUACCCCCAACCCAAUCAUGGGCGCUUCAGAGUCUACUUUCUCCAACGUACAGACGCCAGAUGACAAAAUCACCACCGUAACAGAGCGAUUGGAAGCUUCUGAUCCCAUUUUAGAGCGCCUUAAAUCCCUCAAAAUUACUCCGCCGGUAUUGACCUCUCCUCCAACUGAGGGUAGCUUGACUGACAUUUUAGUGAGGAGACCUUCGUCGUCGCCGACUUCAGCUACAGUGAAUCCAAGGGUUUUACUUGAGCUAUUCUCAAUGUACCGUGAUUGGCAGGAAGAAAGGGUCCAAGAGAUAAGCAAAAACCAGGAGGAGAUAGAAAACAGAAUAGAAGUUGCUGAUGCUUUGGCAAUCAAACUUCUUCAGCGAUAUAAUCAUUCAACAUCCACAAUGAAGACCGCUUCACGGCAUCUAUCAGGAGUUAAUUCAUUGCAGGUAGAAAUUGGAGAGCUCAAAGGAAGGUUGACUGAGGUUAUCAGCAACUGCGAUGCUUUGUGCAAAAGGAUUGCAGCAGAGGGACCAGAACCCCUCCGGUCAUCUAUCAAACCUUUUGCAAUUGCAAAGGCCGAUGAAGAAAUUUGCUCAAGUUCAACUAGCUUGCAAACAGUAACAAAAACAAGUCCACCUUCUGCAGAAUAGUAGUUGGACUAACAGGUUUGAUUAUUGCUCAUAUUAUCAGAAGCUUCGUGCAUUUUAGUGGGAAAUUUGAGAGCUUGAAGAGCUUUUGCAUCACAAUCACGUGAUUGAUUAAUUUUGUAUGGGCCAUGUUAUGGAUGGGGUGCCCGAAGUUUUUCAUUAAUUGAGAUCUAACUCAUGGCAACUUUAGAGCAAUGGGACCAUGUUCCUUUGCUUCUAUAGUGGGGAGCCUUGAUGCCCAUCACCGACACCCAAAAUUUGGGAUUUGCUAAUUGGAUGCCACAAAUUGCAAAAUUGUCAUAGCACUACACAUGAUCAGAUAUGAAGCUAUCAUUUAAUUUAAUUGUUUCGUAAUUUUUAAGUGCUUUGGGAAGUUCCCAAUAUAGUUUACAUGAUCAUGUAAUUGUGCAACAUUUUGCUGCUGUCCUCAACAGUGCUAUUUUAACAAAUAAAGAUUGUUUUUGUUUGUUUUAAAUUGUUCACAAAUUAAAUAUGUAUUCAAGUGCUGGUGAAUUAUUUUAUCAAA